AUGGAGCUGAUCUUUCAUUUCAUUCCUAGUGUCAGCAAAGGACAGGUUCUCAUCUGCAUCUUCAGGCAGGAGAUGAGUGGCACCUCGCCGGAGCUCCUGUCUGAGCUGACCUGCCAGGUGUCACUGGUGUGGGGCGUGCUCAGCCUCUCACAGUUAAAGAAUGCAGGCGGCCAGUUACAGACGGGGAAGAUCACAGGUUUCUGGGAACUUCAUGGGAAGUAUGAGAUCAUUGUGAACUGUUCAGGUAUUGGAGCCAGGGCCCUUACUGGGGACGUGAACGUUUAUCCUGUAAGGGGCCAGAUUCAUAAAGUUCACGCCCCUUGGCUCAAACACUUUGUCCGUGUAGGCGACGGCACCUCUUACAUUUACCCAGGAAUCUCCAGCGUUACUUUGGGUGGAACAAGGCAGAAAGAUGAUUGGCGGAUGUCAGUCGACCCAUCGGACAGCGAGGCCAUUUUCAAGGCGUGCUGUGCUUUAGAACCAAGUCUCCAGCGCGCUGGUAAAUUAUUCGAAGGAGUCGGUCUGAGGCCUGUCAGAGCCGUGCUGAGGCUGGAGAAGGAGAAGCUGGAACGUGAGGGGAGUCACGUGUACUUGGUGCACAAUUACGGCCAUGGGGGAACUGGGGUUACCUUUCACUGGGGAACCGCGAAGGAAGCUGCCCAACUGGUUCAGGAGUGUGUAACAGAAAUAAGAUGUCGACCUGUCCGUCUUAAACCUAAACUGUGAACAGGACGUCAGCAAAUGAUCUCAUUGUUAUGACAACUUUGGAUUCAAACAAAACAACAUAUAGACAGAGGUAAUUCUACAAACAUCAAUAAAGAGCUUUUAUUGGUGAUCCAGACAGUAAAUCAUAAUCAUAAGAAUAAUAAUAAGAGGGCACAAUUUGGAAAUCAUAUAUCAUUGGAAAAAUAUCCUGAGGAUUUCAUUAUUCCUAUGUCUACAGUAAUUAGGUGGUGUGGCUGUUUUGAAUAAUGGGGUGUAAAUGAACAAAUCAUCAGAUAAUUGUGUCUUUCUUUGUGAGCAGAACCUAUGUGUUUCUAAUUUGUAUCUUCUGCCUUAACACAUCAUUGUUUUAAUGUCUUUGUGCACAGUGAGGUGGACAAUUAAGAAAAAUGUUAAAAAUUUUCAAUAAAAUGCUCAGUUAUUAACCAA